GGGGAUUCAGCUGCCAAAAUAUGUUCUUGGUUGUAGCGAAAAUGUUCCUAAAAGCAUUGAGGUGCAUGACGUCAAAGCUAUUGCUGAGCUACAUAAGGCAGGUCAAAUUACUCGACAAAUUCUCAAGGAAAUCGGUUUAUUGAUUAAACCAGGGAUUUCGACUGCUGAUAUUGAGCUGUUAGUGAUCAAUAAAUGCAUCGAGAAAGCAGUGUACCCUUCACCUCUAGCCUUUGAGGGAUAUCCUUGGUACGUCCCAAAUUUCCUCUUAGCUUCGCAAUCAUCGAUGCUGAUAAAUCCGUUAAACGGUGAUCAGCAAGCAGGUCCAUCAAAUUGUGUAUGUACGUCGCUCAACGAUGUUGCAAUCCACGGGAUUCCCUCCGAACACGAUAUUCUUCGAUCAGGGGACCUCUUGUCGGUCGACGUAACAGUUUUUACCGGGAAAGCUCACGGCGAUGCCUGUGAAACAUUUUUGAUUUGUGACGAGGACACUUUAUCGGUCAACUACACACAGAAAAGGCAUCUUAUUGCUUGUGCUCGCCGUGCUUGUGAAUCCGGUAUUGCCGUGUGUGGCCCUGGGGUUGCCUUUGCUGCAAUUGCGGAGUCUAUUUCGCAGGAGGUUUUUGAAAUGGGCUGUCGUGUUGUCGCUGGAAUUGGAGGCCACAGCAUUGGCGAUUACUUUCAUGGACCACCCUAUGUUGCUCAUUCAGUCUUCGAAAGGGAGUCGCAAGAUGCUGGAGUCCGAAUGCUACCUGGGCACGUUUUUACCAUUGAACCCGUUAUCGCCACUGCUGCGCAACUCACUAAUGGCGAUACCGAUGAGGUGAUUAGGAACGUCGCUUUACCUGUUGUCUCCACGAUCGAUAAUUUUUCGGUCCGCACAACUGACAGGGCGCUCACGGCACAAUUUGAAGAAAUGGUCCUGAUCACAGAAGAAGGCGUUCAUGUUUUGACUCGCUAG